UCCUUGAAUAUGGAUCACAACCAAAUUACAAAAAUCCCCUUUGGUAUAUUUUCAAGGGCCGCCCAUCUGUCCAAAUUGAACAUGAGGGACAAUCAGCUGUCUUCUCUACCGCCAGACAUUAAGAGUUGGGUCAGUUUGACCGAACUCAACCUGGCAACCAACCAAAUCACCAAAAUACCAGACGACAUCGAGUACUUGAUCAACCUGGAAGUCCUCAUUUUGAGCAAUAAUCAGCUCAAGCGUCUACCAACCACAAUUCAAGAGCUCCGGAAGCUACAAACCCUGGACUUGGAGGAAAACCAUUUGGAGUGCUUACCUUUAGAGAUUGGUCGGCUUAGUGAACUUCAACGGCUCGUGGUGCAGUCGAAUCGUUUGACACAACUCCCACGGACGAUCGGCCAACUUCAAAAUCUCGUUUAUCUGGCCUCUGGGGAGAAUGACCUUCAGAGCUUGCCGCUUGAAAUAGGUGAUCUACACAAACUGGAAACGCUUUAUUUGAACGACAAUACCAACUUACAUGACUUACCGUUGGAAUUGGCCAGAUGCUGUAGUUUGCAGAUCAUGUCCAUCGAGAAUUGUCCCCUAUCGAAAAUACCCCUUGAGGUGACUGCAGGCGGUCCGUCUUUAGUGAUCCAGUACUUGAGGGUUCAAGGUUCCUUCAGCCAAUUGUGAAUGCCAUCCUGCACUCUCAGCUGCCUACCGUUGCGACAAGCGCAUCCCUUGCUCUUUCAACCCCAUCGACCGGCACCACCGCAACUACUGUGCUUUCAUAAUUUAUACUUUGUUUCUUUUUCUCUCCUGCACUGUGUACAUCCCACACCGGUUGAUCCAGGCAGUGCCUGGACCACUGAUCACAUUUUAUUGGACGCGCGUCUCCUGAGCGGCUUAAUGAUAACUGCGUUUAUGCCACGGUGUAUUUUUUGACUUGAAUGUUUUCCAGCGCCCACAUCCGAUGUAGCCCUCCGUCACUUCGAUGUACCUUCAUGAGGGAUACUCGUUUCAUCGUCUACCGCCUUCCUUGCGCCUCAUCACCUUCACGGGCUUCUAGUCCCCUUCAGUCCGUCUUUUUCGUUCCCGUUUGUACAUUACCUUAUUGCGUUCUCGACCCUAUCAUUUGCCUUUGCUUCACUCCUUGACUGU